AUGUCGCCCCCGUCCUUCAACUCAAGUACCCGCACCCCACUAUGGACGGAAGAACUACUCAGAAAACUAUUGUUGGCUAAAGACAUCAACGAUGUUCAUUUUCAUGUCUUCUCCCGCAGAUCAAAGUCUAGGGUAAUCGGCCCUUGUCUGUUGAAUGCCAACACCACCGUCCUCAAGAGCAGCUCAGAGUACUUUGCUGAUCUGUUCAGUUCGGAUGUGAUCCCUGCGAGUACGGCCAUGAUGCAAAUCGCAACAACCGACGAGAUUUUUGACGGGAUUGACCUAUCCGAGUAUGGAUACGAAAGUGACAGCGAUCUCGAAGACGAUACUGAAGAUACCACCGUGUCUCCCACACAUAUCCAAGUGAGGGCAGGUUCUGGUAGUGAUAAUAAAGACCCAGGCACUUGCGUGCCAACUAUGCUGAAUGUGGAGAAAAAUGAUGAUUUUCUCCAACGGAAGGUCGCAAACUCAAUCGGGUUAUCCUCCGAGGGAUCUGCAAGUGGAGGUUGCCACAUCUUUGUCAAGGAUGCUGCAUUCCGGACGUGGUAUUGCCUCUUGCACUUUCUCUACAUGGGCACUGUGGAGUUUUCGCCGCUCAAGUCUUCGGGACUACACGGAUAUAGAGGGUUUUAUUCCAACACAAGUCGGGUGCCAGAGUGUUCGGCGAGGUCAAUGUACCGUCUUGCGACUAAGCUCAACAUUGACGAACUCCGUGAUCUGGCAUUCGACUCUAUUCGUCGCGACAUCGACGAAAACAACUUAUUACGAGAAUUGGCGAGCGGAUUUACCGGGAGGCACCCGGCUGUGUUGGAAAUGGAGCUCGACUUACUUUCACAAAAAAUCGCGAGUGCGCCCAUCGUCGAAGGGAUUACCGAAGCUCUUGACGCGUAUUUCUCAAAAGGAGCUAUCCCAUGGGGCCAAUAUCAUGAUUGGAUUCUACAUGCGGAUUCUUCAGAAGCACAACUUGUCUCGGCUGUCCGAUCCCACGACCGCAGUUCCCUUGCUUCCAGAAGAACCUGGUUUGGUCGAGUGUGUCGGGAAUUCUUCACGGCGCGUACCGCAACCAUCUUCCCCACCCGUCGCUGGGGUGUGGCCGCCGGAGCCAUCGAUUGUCGUCCCACCAUCCGCAAAGGCAUCUUCAGCCUACAGUCUGACGCAGCGAUUUCUGAAUCCACCGGAUUUGUAGUAGGUCACGUCACGGCCAAUGCAUCGUGGGCUUAUGUCGAAGUUUCUUGCGUGGAGAAGAGCAUGAUGUGGUGUCGCCCAGAGUUUUAG